ACUCAAAGACUAUCGAUACAGUGAGUGAAGAAUUUCAGAAAUGGCGUCGGCGUUGAGAUCGGCCGUGCUCCGUCACGUUCGUUUGCCAGUUUCCGAAGCCCUUACGGCGAGGGGAUCGAUGCUUAGCUCAGCCCGAUGGAUGUCUUCGCACGACGACCACCUCAGCAAGGCGGAGGUCGUUGAAAGAGUCCUCGACGUCGUCAAGAGCUUCCCUAAAGUCGAUCCUUCCAAGGUGACUCAUGAAGUCCAUUUUCAGAAGGAUCUGGGCUUAGAUAGCUUAGAUAACGUGGAGAUAGUAAUGGCUCUAGAGGAAGAGUUCAAACUGGAGAUUCCAGACAAGGAGGCUGAUAAGAUUGACUCAUGUGCACUUGCAAUCGAGUAUAUUUCUAACCAUCCUAUGGCAGGUUAAGUUUAAGCACCAUUUCUAGGGGUUGGAUUUUCUUUGAAAACAAUAGUACAGUCUGCCCCUUUUUCUUUUGCUUAUAAGCUAAAUACAUUAGGUAGAGGUAAUAAUCAUACUAUUCGGCCCCUUUUUCUUUUGCUUAUAAGCUAAAUACAUUAUGUAGAGGUAAUAAUCAUACUAUUCGACAGGAGUUCUAUGAACUUCAAACUUUAUUCAUUUUUCAACAUGCUACGCUCUCUGUCCUCUAGAGAUUUUUGCUUCCCUCAAUUGUCAUGCAAUGUAUUUUUGGAGCCCUUCAUUGACACAUGUUUUAUACUUUUUGUGUUUGGCCUAAAACCCUAACUUACAUUUUGCAUCAAUUCUUGGACUGUUAGAAACUCAUUCUGUAAUAUUUGUUUGUGUUAACUUUGGAUGGAAAGACAGUUCAACA